AUUUCAUUUGUGGACGGUCCGCUCACAGGGAGCACCUCAAAUCAAGCCGCGAGGGUUUUUAUUUGAAAUAGCAUCAAACCCCAGAGCUUUAAAAGAAACCAAACACCAUGGAGGAGUCCUCUUACGCACUGCGCCGGUGGCUCGUGCUCAUGGCCGCCGCUCAGCCCGCGCGCGCGCACGUACCUGGUGACCCCAUACAGCGAGGGUGAGUUAUUUAUUUAGUUAGUUAUUUUUACACAUUUUCACAAACUGACUUCAUUUUCAGGACUGAAAAAAGUGUAAUGUUGUGCAAUUCAAUGAUGAAUUUGACUUUUUAAAACAUGUUGAUGUGUUUUAAUUUCAACUUAAAUCAAGUUAUCAGUAUAUUUAAUAGUGAUAAUAUCUGCUACUUACUAGUUAGACCUAAUGCCAUGGUCAGCCCUAAAUGGCAAAACACAGGUUGCAAUUUACAUCAAAAUGCUGUAAUAAAUAGCUCUGUAUUAUAUAAAUAUGGCAAUACAUAAAUAGUUGAUACAUAAAAUUUGAUUUUGGGGCGCUCUAUUUCUGCCAAUAAUAUCGAUUGUUCAUAAUUCACACACCUUCACAAAUCUCUUUGAUUAACAUUCCAUGACGUGCAAACAUACCUUUAUCUUGGCGUAUUUUCUCUUCUUUCUCUUUCUUUUCUCUGCUCCUGAAGGAUAUGUCCUUUUUUGCCACAUUGUUUUGCCCCUGACAACUACCUGAGCUUUGGAUGCUCAGUGCACAUUGCACGGCAGAAGGCACAUAACGGUAGCGGAGCUUUAACAAAUAAGCAGUAAGAAUAAUAGGCCUACAUAAGCAGCACUAAAAUGUUUUAACUUUAUUUUAUUUUUACAAUAAUAUAUAUUUGAUCAUACAGAAAGCAUCACUCAUACAUGCAAGAAAUAGAAAAAAUAUAUAUAUAUUUUUUGAUUGCUCUUGGGGGCCCCCUAUUGGCCGCGGGGCCCUAAGCAGACGCUUAGUUCGCGUAUGCCUUGGGCCGGCUCUGGUUGUAUAGGUAUGUUUUGUAUGCGUAGUAUCCCACAACAAGCCUAAUGCUAGGUAAGAUAAUGGGACCUUUUUAAUGUUUAUAUUAUUGCAAAGUGUGUGUUGCACUUUUUCAUAAACAGUCGAGUGCAAAAAUUCAUAAUAGUGACUUAAAUUCAUGAUUGAAUUUUUUAAAAUGUGUAUUAUUAGCGUUUUAAUGCCUCGUACAUUGAGUCAACUGCCCGUAAUAUUUUCUUGUUGUAAAAAUUAACAUGUAGUCUAAAUUUUCUGCAUAAAUAAUCAAUACCAAUACAUUAACAUAUCAGAAAUUUUCCUCCCCUUUUAAUCAUUUAAAGCUCCUGUGAUGACCAUUAAAUUUGUAUUGAACUUGGCGCCUCCUGGUGGACAAAGCAUGCCUAUAUGUCGCUGCUGAUUUCGUUACUGUUAAACUAACAAAAAAUUCAUUCUGUUUUUACAUAACAUAUAAAUAACUUACUGAAAAUCCUUAACCUGAAUAUUAUAAACUUACUUAAUCAUUUUGUUCGACACCUACCCCCGGCAGCCGUUUCAGGCAUUGAUGAUAACAGAAUAAUUAUAAUAAAUCUCCUUCUUUAUGGUGUUAUUUUCCUCACAGGGUCAUAUAGAGGCAUUAAUAUUAUUUCAGUCUGUCUUAUGAUGAGUAAAAGGUCAACACAGGAGCUUUAAUUGCUUUAUUAACCCUUUUUUUCACCGUUUCAUGUCAGACUUAAUGUUAUAUAAUCAGACUAACUUCUUUUGGAACAUUUUAAAGUACUUCUGUGUUCAUUUAGGUACCUAAAAGUUACUCAAAACCCUUAAAAAAUGGUGUUCCUGUCCUUUAGAAGCAUCUCCCGCCUUUAGACAAGCCUGCAGGGUCUCACUUUUCCCAUGAGUCGGCGCGUGUCGGUCGGUCUGUCGGUCGGUUAUGAAUGAAAAAGCUCGAGUUUUCUGUAGUCGGUGCAGCCAGCGCGUGCUGUGACGUCACUGGCGGUAACCAGGCGAUGAGUGCGAGCUCGUGGACCCCCAGCUGGAGGAGUGGGAGGAGGUCCUUCAUCACCCCCACAUGAUGCUUUUUCUGUGUGACAGUGUGAGCUGCAGGGGGAAACCUGAGUGCAUGCGGAGUUUUAUCACUGUUUGGACUUUGAACGCACCACCGGGAUAUAAACGGGACUAUCUAACUUUGCGCGAGAAUUUCUCCACGCUGUUUCGCAGGAGUGUGUUUCUAUCUGUGGGACUUAUAUUUGAGGAAAGCUGUUUUUUCAUCACACGGUUUGUGAUUAUUCUUGAAUGCAUGCAUGCGCUCUCAAUAUCGGCUUAUAAAGGAUUGUGCGUGCAUGACCGGUGUUUACAUGCGUCUCCUAUUUGCGUUUGUUUUAAGCGUUCAUUUCUUUACUAGUGAAGUCAUCCUUUGAAUUUGAAGCACGAGUUAAUGUGUGUGUGUUUCAGAGAUGCUACGUUGUCUAAGGAGGAGGAUGUUGCGCCCGUACAAAGUGAUCUCAAGAUUUGUGCAAUGCUGUAAAACAGCACCCUCUAGUGGCGAAUGAUAGAAAUGUAUCUGCCACAGUUUCUCCUCACAUGCCAGUAGGUCAAAACCUGCUGUGUUUGGAAAAAUUGGGCACAAAAACACAUAAAAUGCAAAUUCAGUGAGAUAUUUGAACAUAUUUUAAAGUUUUGCACAAACUUAAUCAUUUUGUUGUUGUCUUUUUUACACCUUAAAUCUAAAUAUUGGAAAUUUACUUUCCAAGACCAAGUUUUGCAUCAUUAUCAGAACUUUUCCCAAAAUAAUCACAUCCAAUUGGUAAGAUCCUAUUGACAACCCCCCCCCCCCCCCCCUCCUUUCUUAUGAACCGGUGUGAGAUAUGAUAUUGUCACUCACACAUGUUGCCUUCAGAGUUCCCCCCUGCUAACUGCUGGGAUUUGUGAAUGAGCUCUGACUGUAGAUGUGCGUGUUCUGUCUCCGGGCGUCCAGCCAGCAGGGGAUCAGAGAGACAUGCAAACCUGUCAACUGCAGCUAAGCAUCACCUCAGGAUGAAGGAAGACUUUCCUGCAGGCUUUAGUGUGUAACCUGGGAUCACAACUGCAAAUGCAACUGCAAAAAAAACUGUUAGAGAUUUCCCAAAGGGGUCAGUGUCUGGUCUGUGUAAAAGCACGUGCCUUUGGGCAAGUUUCACAGUUUCCUACACUUUUAUUUCUUACAAACGGAUGGAUAGGGAUUUUUGAAAUCCUGUGCAGAAUGUAAUUAAUCCAAAUCGGUGUGAAGGGAUAAAGGAAGAUUUCUUUGUCUUUCUCCUGUCUUUUGUGUCUCGAUCUCAGGGUCAGUGUUUCUGCAGGUCAGGAGGAGUUUAGCCUAGUUUUUCGCAACACCCUGGACUGUUUCUGCAGUAACUCCACACAAACAUGUGCCUUUUUGGGGGGCUUUUGGCUUCACUUUUUAUUCAAAUUUCAGAUAAAAAGGUUAUUUAAAACAUAGGAUAACAGUGAUAACUCUGCUUUUAUUUUAUAUUCAUAUGUUAACUUUUUUUGGGUGACUCUGCAUGGAUAUAUGUAAUAUUUAAGUCAGUACUCCCUCAGUAGAAUAUUUGAUGAAAAUAGAGGCAUUGAAAAUGGAAAUGUAUAAGUCAUUAUUACUGAAACAAAGAUAACAUGGAUGAAUGCAAAAAGUUACUCUUACAAUUCUUAGAGUUUACAAAGUUUUUUGUAACUGUUAAACUUACAAACAAAUGUGCCAUGACAUUACUUUUAAUAGUUUCAAACAUGGGGUUUGUUUGCAUACUGAAAGAAGUGGAAUAGAGGCAGCAUGGCUGACACCUGGCAUUAAAAAUGAAGGCGUAUCAAUCAUCACUUAUGACACUGAUGGUCUAUUUUUGCUGUUAGUUGUCAUAAAAACGCAUCAAUAUGAAUUUCAUGAACAUUAAAAAAAAAAAAAAACCUUUUUAAAGGACGACAAUGGAUGCCAAAUGUUUUUGGAGAAAGUCAGUGAGAAGUUACGUAUAAAAUGUGAAAUUCAAGAUUAAUGCACAAACCAACACCUGAGCUUUAUGAAGUCAUUUUCCCACAACAUCAGCUGGAUUUCUGUUUUCAUACACUUUAAAUCCCUUUAAACCCUUUGAGGAGCUUUUCUGUCUGUGUUGACUUUGGCGCCCCCUGUGGACAAAGUGGAUAAUAGCAAGGUUUAUCACUCACUGACAUCAAUAGUGACACAUCACUGUUUAUUUCCGUCUGUUUACCUUUAAAAUAUUCUCACAGGAGCUUUAAAUAAUGGAAAAAAAGGAGGCAGACUAUGAGACAAAUAACAGCCAGGUGUUAUGAAGGAUAUAUUGAGGUUAUGUCAAACUUUUAAAAUUGGCAAACAUCCACCAUAGCAACUACACGUCAUCUCCUGACUGAUAACUAAAUCAAACAUCAUGUUUUUGUCAUAGACCUCCAUAGCUCGUCAUUAAAACUGGACUGAAUCUCUAUUCUGAUAACUCAUGAUCUCUAUUUCCUCUCCAUACAGGUAGCCGGAGUCGUCCUCCUGCGGGAGAACACACACACAUCCAGCGUGAGGAGACUUUGGCUGCGGUCCACAGACUCCCCCACCCCUCCUUCCCUCCUCCUCCUCCUCCUCCUCCUGCCCCUUCAUCCUCCUCUCCCCUCCUCCUGGCACAGGCAGAGAGAAAGUGUGAGAGAGCGAGGGAACAUGGGAAAGAGGAAGACGAUGUACCAAACGCUGCUCCUCUCCUCCUCCCUCUUCAUCCUUCAUGUGAUGGGCACCACGCAGUUCUUCGCUCACCACGGGUAACGGCUCCAUUCACGCUCUUCCUGUGUUUAUUAUUGGAUGUAAUUGAGUCUUUUUGGCCCCUUGAGCUCUAGAAAUGCCACUGAGACCUGUUUGUUUAGAGGGACCUGUGUACACAAAUUGCUUGAAUGACAUUUAAACAUUUAAAAGCUCUCUUUUCUCCGGGACCAAAACUGUCACUCCCAACUAUUAGAUGUAAUCGCUCUGCAGGCUCAUCUCGUCAUUAUAAGUUGAUUUGGACACGGGCCAAAAUAAACCACAGGCCAAACAAAAGAUCAAGUAGAUCCAGAGAGGUCAAAGGUCAGCUCUAAACUCCCCCACAUUCAGGAGUGAUUACACAGGUCAGAGAGGAGCCACAAACACAGACCAGCUUUUCCAGCUUUCUGAACCACACGUCUCAGUGGAAAUCACUUUCUCGAGAAACUUUUUAAUCUAAAUCGAGCACAGCUUCCGGCUCAUAUGCUCUUUGAAAGUCUCUGUUUCAAGGCGGCGUUAAUGAUUGAUCUCAUUUCUCUCUCUCUUUUUUUUUUUUUCUGCAGGAGGAGGGUGUGCGGCCGAGACCUCCGUCACAGCGUUGUCAUGGCAACAGAGUCAUAUGUCCAGCCGGUGCACAAACCCUACAUCACCCUGUGUCAGGGGCAUCGCCUCUGCAGCACGUACAAGUGAGUUAACCAGCAACAACACAUAAUAAAAAUACAACAAUUUCACCUCUUUGAUGCAUAAAUUGAAGAUAAGAUGUUCAUUCAAUAGUCCCACAGGGGGAAAUUCCAAAAUUACAGCAGCAUGGUAUAGAUACAAAUUAAAAGAUAAAGAAACUUUGAGUUUAAACAAGAUAUGUGCAUGCGUUAUAUUAUCAUAAUAAUAACAGGUAAACAUAAAAAUACUGUCUUUCCGAAGCAUUAAACCUUGAAUUAACCUGGAAGUACCGGUUUUUGAGUGUAAUUAAGUAACAAGCUGAACUGAAAGAAUCACCUGUUGGAUGCACAAAUUAAUCUGGAGGCAGUUAGUUGCACCUGAUCUCCACAGCAAAGCAUUCAAAGCUUUAAUAUGUAAUUUUCUGUAGAUUAUUUUUGAACAUUUAUUUUCUGAGAUUAUUAUAUUGAACAUUUAGCAUCAUAAUCUUACUUUCAAAAUUUUGUUCAUUUUUGGGCAUCAUGUAUAACCCUCUAAUAAAAACAAUUUAAAGCUCCUAAGGGGAGUUUUUUCACAUUUUAGAAAGAGAUUUAAAUUCAUAUUGAUGACUUGUUAUCCCACUGAGCAAUAGACAGCUAUUAGAGGUCUCUCUCUUUUUUUUUAGACCUAAUUUCAAACUAAAUUCUGUAUAUUUUUAGAUGGAAUUUAGACGUUGCACUUUAACCCAUUAUUCGAUAACUAUUUAUUUCAACUGUGAGUUGCAUAACUGAUCUCCAAGUACUUAACCAAAAUAAUUAUGAUAGCCGUUGAGCAAUAAACAGUGUAGUAUAGAUAUAGCCCAGAUUUAGACUUGAUCUAAACUUGCCCGUGGUAGCCUUAUUUUAGACCAGUCGUCUAGACCAGUGGUUCUCAAGUCCAGUCCUCGAGGCCCACUGUCCUGCAUGUUUUGGAUGUUUCCCUGCUCCAACACACCUGAUUCAAAUGAUUAGCUCAUUAUCAAGCUCUGUAGUGGCAUAAUAACGAGCUGAUCAUUUGAAUCAGGUGUGUUGGAGCAGGGAAACAUCCAAAACAUGCAGGACGGUGGGCCUCGAGGACUAGACUUGAGAACCACUGGUCUAGGCUACAUGUAGUCGUCUAUUAGACCUCUUUUAGACCAAAAAAUGCUCAGUGGGAUGAUAGACAAAAACAAACAAGACCACCAGCAUCAUGAUUGGCUGUUAUUAUAUCAUGAUUUUUAAGGCCUGUAACUGUUGUGAAAAGGCAGUUGCUAGCUGAGCAGCUGUAGAAACAGCCCUCUUAGAUUGACUACUAAAUUUUAAAACUGAAUUUGGUCAGCCAUCAUCAUCGAUUUCCACCUUUUUUCAUGUUUCGGCAAGAAAUUAAAAAUAUAUGUAGGUAGAGUCUCCCCCUACAGGCCAUUAGAAAUUAUGCACUUUUGGGGCACUUGCACUAGAUUAGAUUUUAUAAAACUUUAUUUAUCCCUCAAAGAAAUUGUGCAUUCGAUGCCAUAAACCUCUGUCUAUUUCAUUUAUUUAUUUAUUUUUUAUUUUGAUGUUUAUUUAACAGGGACAAUACAUACAACAUUACCACAAAAAAUCGAAAAUGUCAUGCAUAUAAGACGUCUAGCUUCAGCUAAUUUGCCGUCUUUGUGCCUGGUCAGGCUUUAGUGUAGGAUAAAAUAUACUGAAUACUAUAAUACAACUACAGUGAAUAAUACAGUGUAUUAAUAUUAUACAAUACAGUAAAAUACUGUACAGCACAGGAUCAUUAUUUGGAUUAUCUGACAAUACUUUGAGGUUUGCAGCGCCAUUAUCAGUGGUACCACCAUCUAAAUAUCUGUCUACUGUUUCAGACACUUCCAAAUAACUCCAAAUUAGACUUCUUAUAUUAGGUUAGGCUCUCGGCAUGAACAUGGGGAAUCUGCUCCGUGCGUUGUCACAACAGCGCUCUAAUUAAGCGAUCACUUGAGGUUUAGCCGCUGCUCGAGCAGAGGGGGCUCACGAGUGCGGUCGUAAAUAGAUCAAGACUUUCUCCCACACACACAGAUGCACAUUUUCUUGCACAGAAGUGGGUCACGGUGGCACAUGUUUGGGUGGAAUCUAAGUAUCGAGUACUUGUGUGUAACUACGGGAAAUGAACCGCCUGCCCCGCAGAGACCGCGGUCAUGUUUAUUUUGGCCCGAGUCUCCCUCCUUACUUGCUGGAUCUCUCUCCAGCUCUGAUGCUUUCGAGUCCCCCCUCUUACAUUCCCUCCGUUUUAAUCUCUUAUUUUUUAACCCUUAGCUCGCCACAAGACAUAUUUUCACUUUUAGACGAUUUAUUCCCUCGUUCUUUUAGAUAAUUACUGGUGGGAUAUCUCAUGAUGCUAAAUUAUCAGAUUUUUUGUUUGCCUUAAACACAUCUAUCUGCCUUUAUUUUGUUUCAAGUGUUUACAUCAGUUUAUCACUGGUAUCUGUCUUUGUAAACCAAACAUACCAGAGGUUGCAGCUCUCAGAUUUGACUUUACAUCCCUGCUCCUAUCUCCCCUCCUCGAUUCCUUUCUCUUUCUCUUUCCCGACACACGCUCUCAGAUGUCAGCGGUCUGAGGUUUCAAUAUUCCUGCAAUUUUCUCAUCAGCGUUCUUUCGGGCUGACAGAAUAUGAAAAUGGCUGGACCGCCUCGACCACACACUCCUGGGUGAUGACAGCAUCAUGAACAAAUGGGAAUCACUAAGUUUGUGUGUGUGUGUUUGGUGUUUCCACAGGACAGUGUACUCUGUGGCGUACCGGCAGGUGAGCAGAGCGGCACCACCUUCACGUUUCUACCCUGAGUGCUGCCCCGGCUGGAGGAGGUUUCACUCUCACAACUGCAACCAAGGUAACCCGGAGCAACGCGAUGGCCUUUAUUUAAACCUUUGUUAGCCGCUGCUGUUAAGAGCAAGAUAUUUGAUUACUCCUGAGGAAAGUUUCAGUCAAAACUGGGAGCCAAAUAUGAGCUAACAGGGCUGCAAAGGUUAUAAAUUGGUGGUCAGGAUUAGCUAACAAGACUCUUUCAAACUAAAUUUACGAAAGAGAUUUGGGGAAGAAAAAGUUUAAGAUUGAAAGCAAAAAAAGUUGUAAUUUCAUGUUGAGAAAAAGAUCAGCAAACCCCUCAGUAAAACAUCAUAAUCAUUGUUUUAACUACAUUCUUGUACGUUUCAAAUAAAUAAGCUCUAAUGUGAUGAUUUAAUGACUUGUUUCCAGUCUUUACGCCACACUUAGCUAGCUUCUGUGGACUGAGGCUAUUUAGCAUGCUGGGCAAAAUCCGCCUCUUUCAAGUAAAUGAAGCACAGGAAGUGAAGACUUCAUAUUUCCUCUGUGUUAUGAAGAUAAUAUCAAAAGAUAUUAAUGUAACUUUUAACCCUUUUCCAUCUUAACUUUUAUAUUUCCAGAUAAAUUUUCUGUCUUAAAGGGAUAUUCCGGCAUAAAAUUAAUUGAGGGUCAAACACACCGUAACAUCAAGUUAGACACACCUUUGAAAGAUGAAUGUUGCCGACCGCUUGCUUCUCUAGUCAUACCAACUUUAGUAACGACCACACCAUAGCAAUAGACAGCGGCCUGAGGCACCAUAAAUAAACCUCAACCAAAACGCCACUCUAUAGUCACAAAUAAUGCUCAGAACAGCACCUAACUUCAUCAACGGUACGUAUAGGGUCCUAGCCACAGCACUAGCCAUCAAACAUCUUUUUAGCUUUGCCUGAUUUCUUUAGCAAAGAGACUAAACACAACUCACAGACUCUAUUCCAGCAGCUUGUUUGUAGCGAGACUUCGGGCCAGUCCACUACGCACUACAGCGGGGUGACGCAGCUCAAGGAAGAACAUUUAUGAUCAAUUUAAAAAAAUGUUUGGUGGCUAGUACUAUGGCUGGGACCCUAUAUGUACUGUUGCUGAAGUUAGGUGCUGUUCUGAGCAUUUUUUGUGGCUAUAGAGUGGCGUUUUGGUUGAGGUUUGUUUAUGGCUCCUCAGACCGUUGUGUAUUGCUAUCCUGCGGUCGUUACUAAAGUUGGUGUAACUAGAGAAGCAAGCGGUCGGCAAAAUUUAACUCUUGAGGGGGUGUCUAACUUGAUGUUACAGUGUGUUUGACCCUAAAUCAAUUUUACGCCGGAAUAUCCCUUUAACUACAUUUUUGUAUGUUUCAAACGACUCUGUGUGACAAUUAGAUGAAUUGUUUUCAGGCUUUACUUAGCUAGCUUCUGUGGACUGUGGUUAUUUAGCAUGUUGGGCAAAACCCGCCUCCUUCAUGUAAAUGAAGCACAGGAAGUGAAGACUUCAUAUUUCCUCUGUGUUAUGAAGAUAAUAUUAAAUUAUAUUAAUAAUAUUUUUAACCUUUUUCUGUCUAAUUUUUUUCGUACCUCCUAAAGAUUGUCAAUAAUUGCUUCAACCUGAAUAGUGACUCCAUCUGUAAAUGUCUCCUACAGCUGUGUGUGGACAGCCCUGUAUGAACGGAGGUACCUGCUUAAGACCCAACCAGUGUGCUUGUCCGCUCGGCUGGACAGGACACCAAUGCCAAACAGGUGCGCCACACAAACACAUUUACCUGCUGCGUGUUUGUGAAAGCCUCAGUGAGCUUCUUCUCACAUCAGCUACAAACUCAUCUCUCUGCCUUUUCAGACGUUGACGAGUGUAGGAGGCAGCAUUCGUGCGCCCAGGAUUGUGUGAACACAGCCGGAAGCUAUCGAUGUGCGUGCAGAGACGGCUUCAAGCUCACGGAAGACGGCCAUUCCUGCCAGAGCCUUCCUCCUCCUCAUCCUCCUCCUCCUCCUCGUGCCACCCCUCUGUCACCGGGCCAGGCAGCAGCGGGUGGCCACACAGAUGCGGGUAAAGGAGCCGUGAAGGAGCGCAUACUUGCUUUCACAGCGGCGAAGUGUCUGGAAAACAGAAGAGCGAGAACAUAGCCAGCUUCGCGGUCCAUUAUUACUUUUGGUACGCGCUAUGCCACUCUCAACUCGUACCGUGAGUAAUAAUGCACUGCGACUGGUGUCGACUCCAGACAGAUGUGUUGUGGUCGGGCCUCUUGUGGUGAAACUGGGACCGGUUACUCUUUGAUAAUGACUCGAUUUACUCCUAAGAGACCUGUGAGCGGAGCAAACAUCUGACUUUAAUCGAGCUCCCGUGCUAAUACAGACAUAUUUUUAUCCCACACACUCCAUUAGUUCCCUUAAGUACGCUGCAAUGUUUCUCCUAACCAUGAAAAGUCGAUUUUUGUAAGUGUGUGUUUCCUGUGUCCAAGCAACAAAAUAAUACAUCCUCCCUUCUCGUCUCCUCAAGUGAUUGUUGACCUCAGGAUAUUCUUUUUUAAUAUGUCAGAGUUAUUGCUUUUUCGGGAAAUUACGCAAGACGAAACUAGAGAAAACGUACCUUUUCCUGACUUCUUCAAAUCUGUCAACUUUUUGGGGGCUUUGUGAGUCACCAAGCAGUAAAUCUAGAGAGGAGAUCGUCUCAUGUACUGUCAGGAAGAAAAAAAAAAGAAGUAUCUGUUUGGAGAUGUGAUAUUGCCAAAUUUCUCAGGCUCUGCACAGAACUCCCUCUGAUUUAUCAGUGUGUUUGUAGAGAAUCAAAGACCAAAUCACAUAAAAACAGAACUUCUUAGCUAUAAAAAAAAGAGUAUCUUGCAGAUACUUCUGAGUCAGCAAAUUUAGAAGAGAAACUCUAAAAACGGAGGAGAAAAAAGCUGAAAUAUGACGGAUCAAUUCACUUGUGAGGACUGAACUCUUGAAGCAGCAAAAAUUCCAAGGCCAGUAGUGAUUUUUGGCUUCAGCUUGCAUUCUUGUAAGUGUUCGAAUACACACGUAAGAGUGAUGUCCAUGCAGAUCACAAAUAUAAACAGGCUGUAGAGCUGAAAAACUCGACCUGAGCUCUGACUCCCUGCCAGGCUGCUGCAGAGGAGUGUUAAGACUUCAUUCCUGCAUCUCCAUCUUCCCUUUUCCCCUCCCUGUCUCCUUUUUUCCCCCCGUUUUCUUGGCUCAAACUCGUGUUCUCAUUCCUGCUCCAUCAACCCUGUCUGCUGGGGGUCAUCGCCAGUUUCCCCCCCCGCCCCCCUCCUUCUCUUGGCCCUGUUUCUCAACUCAUUCCUGUCUCAGUAAUGGACCACAUCUGGGAGAGAUUGAGCCGCCCUCUAUGUCUGUCUGUGAAAGCACAGCCAAGCCCAAAAGCAGGGGGUCCCUCGUUUUUGCAUCCUGAUCUGGGUCUCAGUCUGCUCCAGGGACACCCCCUCCUCCCCCUUUAGGUGGAGAUGGGGCAGAGAUGACCCCAAAACAAGUUUAUGUAUCAGAAGAAGGAUAAAUAAGUGCCCGUCUAUUUCUGUCGACCUCUCUUUCCGCUUGUUUGGCUGCUUUUCAGCCGUUCCCAUAACUAACGGGUCCCCUUUGUGCUCUAAAGUCUCAUUUUGGUCUUUUAUGAUAUUAUUUCAUCAACAAAGAUACACAAAACUGAUCCAGCAGACGAGAGCAACCCAAACAGAAGAGUCAGAGGUUUAAUAUAUUAAAAAAAUAUCACAAAUAUAGCAGAUACUGACAGUUUUAAAAGCAUGUGUUAUGCCUAAGUAGAGAUGUAUCUGCUUAAGUUGACCAACAAAUAGUUUUAUACCACCAAAUGUUCAUUUAUGAAUUAUUUCUUUAUGCAAUAAUACCAUGUAGUCAAUGCAGAUGACAAAAAAUGAAGUUUUCUAUCACUAAAUUUACUGCUAUGCACAAAAAUAUUCAGUUUGAUCAAACAUAUAACUUCUUUUUGGUCUCGCUUUUGUCUCUGCCCUCUUCUUUAUUAAUCCCCUGAUCAGUGUUUUUUUUUUAUAUUUGUGUGGUUUCUACAGGCGGAGGGUUUAACAUCGCGGAGAAUGUGACAGAGGAGGUACAGAGCCUGAGGAACAGAGUGGAGCUCCUGGAAAAGGUACAGAUGUUCACAUAAAAGCCCCCUUCACACUUAUACCUCCCAGGAUUUCUCACCAGGAACACCUUUAGUCCAUGUGUGACGCUAUGAUGUAAAAUGUGAACUGCUGUUUUAAUCCCUAAAACAGAUUUUAAUUGGUUUUAUUAGACUACUGCCUGUUUACAUGUGGUUUAACUGUAUUCAUAUGCUGACUCACACUUAACAUAGGAGGCUCAGAUGCUUUUUUAUUGAUAUCUCACUGUGUUUGAGGUUAUAAAUCAAAUAAUUUAACUGUUAUUGCGCCAAUAUUUUAAGGUGGAUUAUUGAAUGAAAAGACAAAGAGCAGUGAAGCCCUGAAAUAGUCAAACAUUAGCAUCUAAGUUACAAAUUUUGCAAGUACUAUGGUGUUUUUGACAUGGUACGCAUGCCAUGGUGCAGGCAAAAACACUGUAUCAUAGUAGGACAAGGUGCUGGUACUAUGGUGCCACUGUAGUUAGAGUACCAGGGUAGAAUUUCUCCUGGUUCUGGACAUGGUUUCAGAGGAAAAGGGCCGCCGUGUCUGUUCCUCUGAAUAUCGUUCCUUUUUCUUCCUUGCUUUAGAAGUUGCAGUUGGUGUUGGCCCCCUUCAGCAGCUUCUUCCCGCUCUCCCUGGACGAAGGCUUGUCAGAGAAAACCACUUUACUGUCCCACUCCUUCCAGCAGCUGGACCGCAUAGACUCUCUCAGCGAGCAGAUCGGCUUUCUGGAGGAGCGCCUCGGCACAUGUAAGUGACCGCAGGCCGACCUUCGAUUGGUCAUAGUUGAAAAUAAAGCUUGUGAAAAGAGGGGAAGUCCAGUUUAAGUAUUUGAACACCACUUGUAUUUUUGUCCCUGGGAAGACAGAAUAGCUGAAAAAGUCUGUAAAAAGAUCAGAGACCGAGUCAAAGCCAAGACGGCACGGUUUUCUAUAACGUAAUAAAAUAGUCAAUAUUAAUAAAAUCCAAUAACAUAAAAGAAUAUUGUUCCUGUAACAUAAUAAACUUUUGGCUGACCUUUUUUAAAUGUCAACAAUACGACACUUUACCUCAUAGUAUUUGUUCAAAAACAAGUCAAGGCAAACUUGAUUUAUGAAGCGCAUUUCAUACAAAAGGUAACACAAUGUGCCUCACUUUCAUUUGAACUGUGUUACUGCUAGAAAAAAAACACUUUAGCUGCAUUAUAAAAGUUAUUAUUAGUUUAAACAAACAAAAUAUUAUCCUCAUGGUGGUGCUAGAGGAAAGCCAGACAAAAGUUUAUCAUCUGGGAGUCAUGAAUGUCCACUCAACAGACCGAAGUAACUGCAGGUUAUCUGUGAAAUGCAAGGUAUAUCACUAAAAAAGCUGAAGGUCUUUUCAUUUGUUUUAAAGGAUUUCUUUAAAUAUAUACACUUACUUACCAGAUUUCUCCUCGUGGGGUCCUGUCCUCAACUUUUGGAUACUUCACGUUGAUUAUUUUUACUAUAAAAUGAGCUUUAUCAUAUUUAGUUUUAUUAGAUUAUAGUCAAAAGUUUAAUUUUAGGACAUAAGCUCAGGACCAGCUAAACUAACAACCCUUAAUUUGAAAUUCCCCUCGGUUCAGAUUACAACCACUGUCUCAAGGUAUAUUACUGAGCUUGCUAAAUUGUGCCGUCACUUCCAAUAAAAGAGUUGAUACCUGAUGGUACGUUGCAUUAACUUUUUCUGCUCUUCUCCCCUACAGGCUCUUGCCAGGAGAAUUAACCACAAAAAAGCAUCUACCGUCAACUUAAUAACCUAUGUACGGACCUACCAGAGAUCGUUCGUACCAGGAUGGCGGAGAACAAAAAUAGCCUAGGUUCUUGUUUUGUCAUGUCAUGCUGCAAUCAUCGCACAAAUCAUCUGUUAUUUUCUUUCUCCCAACGGUUCUAUUUACCUUUCCUCUUGGAUCAUUGUCAAAUUCUUGAUUUUGUAACUGUACCUGUGGAGGGGUUGGUUUCAGUGUGACAUCAUCCCUGUAACAUCUGAAUCAUACCUGUGAGGGUCGAAGGUCAAAUUGGCCACUUUGUCUCUGUGUUUGUUUUGCAUUAGUGCAGCUGUGUCCUGAGGCAGACAUGGACGUCAGUAUUUAUCUAUUUAAGUUAUGAUUACUUUGAGGUAUUUCUCAUUCCAGUCCACAGUAGAUAUUUUUACCAAGUUUUGUAACAUUUUGUAAUAAAAGCCUUCAUCGAAAA